AUGACGAGCGGUCGACAUUCACCUCGUUACGACAAGGAGUAUAUACCGGAGGGCUGCGAAACAGUGAUCGAUGUACCUCCACCAAAAAUGGUGCGAAAUGGUGGCGUAAAUGGUAAUUAUAAGGUAAUUUUUUUUUUUUUGCUAGUUUUAUUAGAUUUUUGA